CGGCCGAGCUGGGGGCUGGGUGCUGCCAGUCUGAGCGUGACACCCUGCGGAGCAGACACAGUGCCAGCGUCACGAUGAGCUGCUCCCCGCUGACCCUCCUCAUCAUCCUCAGCCUCUUCGGGGGCUGCGCCGGCAAGCUGGCGGUGGAGACGGAUGCCUCCCCGGUGCGAGCCCAGGUGGGGGAUGACGUGGUGCUGAAGUGCCAGUUCUCCGUGGCGCAGCCGCCCGUGGACCUGAGCCAGCUGGUGGUGCAGUGGUUCCACCGGGGCGGGCAGCUGGUGGAGUUUGACAACGUGGUCAGCGGGAGCCGGCCGGGCGCCAACCUGAGCGUGGAGGGGCUGCGGAGUGGCAACGCUGCGCUCUACCUCAGCAAGGUCACCCCGGAGAGCGCCGGCAACUACCGCUGCUACAUCACCUACGCGCCUGACUUGCGCAUCAAACAGGUCGUCCUUCACGUCGAGGACCCCUCGAAGCCACCCACAGAGGAGCCGGAGGCCGUGGCCCCUCACGCCUGCGCCCCUGACCCCGACCCCCUGGUGCUUAAGAAGCUGGACCAGGUGCUGAGCAUCCUGCAGCAGAUCAGCCGCAAGCUGGAGGCGGCGGGUGCUGGGGCUGGGGAGAAGGCCUGAGCCA